UUGCCAGAAAAUGCCGUUCAGGAAAAUGGCGAUUUAAUAAUAAAAGAUGUUGAAGAGAGUAAUGCUGGACAAUAUCGUUGUACGGCAACGGGGUCACAUCAAUUUGCUACAGAUGAUGCUACACUUAAUGUUGCACAUUCGUCGAGUAUUGUUGGUAAACCGCCACCAUUGAUGGUCGAUCCUCUGGUGCAAACGGUUAAUGAAAACGAACCAGCCACAUUUCGUUGUUGGGUUCCUGGAUUAGAGUCUUGCGAGUUAACGUGGCAUAAAGAAUAUUUGGGAGGGCCAUUACCGUAUGGAGUUUAUCAAAGUGCUGGAGUUUUGAAAAUACCUCGCGCUCAGUUAAAAGAUGCUGGCAAUUACAUUUGCACUGCAUCUAAUGAAUUUGGUGUUGGGCAAUCGCCACCUGCUCGACUAAUUGUUAAUCGACCUUUUCCGGGGAUUCAUUCAAAUUCAAUAUCUCUAAAAAAUUUUUUAAAGAAUUGA